GAAUGAUUAUGGUGUUGCACACGAAUACAGCGCUAGCCGAGUGCUAACUGCUGCAGUUACUUCUUCAGCUGUAUAAAUGUGCGAGUUUAUAUUAAAAUACAGGAAACUAUAGUUAUAUAAACUCCGCACAUGGACGGAUUAUUGAGUUUGUGAAAUAAGCUAAAAGUAGCAGGCACUGGUUUAUUUUCUUUAGUUUUUAGUGUAUAUAAAGAUGGACGAGGAGCCGGAGAGAGCAAAGCGCUGGGAAGGAGGUUAUGAACGAACAUGGGAGGUGCUGAAGGAGGACGAGUCAGGGUCCCUGAAAGCCACCGUAGAGGACAUUCUCUUCGAGGCAAAGCGGAAGAGGGUGUUCGAGAGCCAUGGGCAGGUUCGGCUGGGAAUGAUGCGUCACCUGUACGUGGUGAUCGACUCGUCUCGGACAAUGGAGGACCAGGACCUGAAGCCCAACCGACUCACGUCCACGCUGAAGCUCAUGGAGUAUUUUGUUGAAGAAUACUUUGACCAGAACCCCAUCAGUCAGAUUGGAAUCAUCACCACCAAGAACAAAAGAGCCGAGAAACUCACUGACCUUGCAGGAAACCCUAAGAAACACACAGCGGCCUUGAAGAAAGCCGUGGACUCGGGGUGUGUGGGAGAACCGUCUCUGUACAACGCCCUCAGCAUCGCCAUGCAGACGCUCAAACACAUGCCAGGACAUACCAGCCGAGAGAUUCUGGUCAUCUUCAGCAGUCUGACCACCUGUGAUCCAGCCAACAUCUACGACCUCAUCAAGACCCUGAAAUCACUUAAAAUUCGAGUAUCUGUGAUCGGACUGUCUGCUGAGGUUCGGGUGUGUUCGGUUCUCACCAGAGAAACUGGAGGAAGCUACAACGUGAUCCUGGACGAGAGCCACUUUAAGGAGCUGCUGACGUUCCACGUGAAGCCUCCUCCUGCCAGCUCGUCCUCCGAGUGUUCGCUCAUCCGCAUGGGUUUCCCUCAGCACGUCAUCGCUUCUGCUUUAGAUCAAGACGCCAAACCUUCCUUCAGCAUGUCGCACUUGGAGAGCUCAGACGGAGGCCCGGGGCUCAGUCUCGGAGGAUAUUUCUGUCCCCAGUGCAGAGCCAAAUACACCGAGCUGCCUGUGGAGUGUAAAGUGUGUGGUCUGACGCUGGUCUCCGCCCCUCACCUGGCUCGUUCCUUCCAUCACCUCUUUCCUCUGGAAGCUUUUCAGGAGCAUCCUCUAGAGGAGCACACAGGAGACAGGUUCUGUCAGGCCUGUCAGGGAGAGCUGAAGGACAAAAGUGUGUUCACGUGUCCGGUGUGUGCGAGUGUGUUCUGUGUGGAGUGUGAUGUGUUCAUUCACGACACGCUGCACUGUUGUCCAUGUUGCAUACAGAAACAGGGAGUUUCAUGAGGACGGAGUUUAAAACACACACACACUCACUCUCACACACACAGAGAGAGAGAACUCGGAGAACCUUCUUCUGCAGGAUCCUUUCUGGAGUCAGUGACAGAGUUACGGCUUUCAAUGAAGAGACUAAUUCAAGAUUGUGUGUGUGUGAGCGAGCGUUGGGUUUGUAUUAGUUACAUCUGAUUUCUACACGAACCUCAAACGGUGGUAAAAUGUGUGUAAACUAUACUACAUCAUACACAACAGAAAUCAGAGCCUGGAGACUCCACUGGUUUCAACCAAAACAUCACGCGCACACACACACACACACACACACACCCCAUAGCAUCACACACUCCUGGAGAUCCUGAUUAGCUGGAUUAGGUGAGUUGGGUAAUAAACAGCCAGGUGGAUGGAGCUCUAAGAGCCUGGAGACACUCAGCUUGUGAGUGGGAGGGGCUUACUUUCUCUCGCCUGUCAAUCACAGAGACUUCCGUGGAUGUCUGAGAACUCCUGUAUGUGGGUGAGGGAGGAGCCUUCACUCUCUUUUCCAGGGUAGAACCUUAAAGAACAGGGUACAAACCUUUCUCCUGUGUGGUAGAACUAAGUGUUAGCACCACAGCUGUAUUUCCUUCACUCGGCUCUAAUGAAUCCAAAAUAAAAACAAAUAAAGAUGCUUUUAUAUUUCUCACA